AUCCAGCAUUCUAACAUCAAGCAGCAGCACAAACCUCUCUCUACGGCUCAAGAUUAAAACCAGUCUGUGAUACUGUACCAUACUGACACACACACUGGAGAGGUUCUCCUUCACAGACCACCUCUUGAUUAGUGCCACAUUGCUGCAGGCAGACAGGCCAGACAAUGGAUAGGCUCACAGAUGAUUUCCAUAAAAAACUUCGUAAGGAAGUAUCUGGCCUGAGAGUCACUUCCAUUGUGUAUUGUGAUUUCAUACUGUAUUUCUGCCUCAUCGCCUCUCGUGCUGGAACUGACAUUGAUGCUGCUAUCAGGAAUCUUAAAGACGUUGCAGCUGGCAAACAAGUCAUCAUGGUAGUGCUUCAUCUUACAAUUGACCCUGAGAAAACCAUAACAGAUACCAACAGUGCUAGAAAUGACAAGAACAUAUAUUAUGUGGACUUUCUGUUCAACGAGGAUGAAGGGUUGAUGAAUUGUCAGAAGAAUAAAGAUGCAAUCAAGAAACUUGUGAUGUACAUGAAGUCUAGGAAUCUGACUUCAUAUUACUUGCAAAAUUAUGGAAGUUCACGUACAAACUCAUACCAGGAUGGAGAAGAUAUUCCCUUAAACCCAGAAGCACAACAAGAUGGAUCCGGUGGAAUUGUAGAUCAUAUAAAAAAACAUCCUGUUGCUUUUGGUGGUGUUGUUGUCAUUUUUGGUACUAUUGUUGGGGUAAUUCUAUACCGCAAAAUAUGGGGAGCCAAAACAACUCUACGUGAGUUAAUUCAAAACUUUCAAAAGUGUUGGCACAUUGGUCCACACAUAGACAGAUCACACAUCUACAGAUGUUUUGACAAUUGAACUUGAUACCCGCGUGAUCAGGGGGAGUCCCCCCCCCCCAUCUUCAGUUUGUUAACGCUCCCCCGCUCUUCAGUUUCAGAUCUCUGUAGCUGUCUCUCCAGAAUCCUCAAUUUAAAACAACAUUUAACAUUUUUUUAUUGAUGCAGACUUCCCACAAAUAUUGGCUACAGUGUAAAAAAUAUCCAUAAGCUAACAGUUUUCUGUAUUUUGUGAUUUCUGUCCCCAACCCCAUUUAUUUAUGCCUAUAAAUUGCAUUAUGUGAUUUAGAUUUUUUUCUCCAACAAUUUUUAACCUAAAAUUUUUACUUUUAAUGACAUUUUUAAUAGUUAGAAGUGAAACUGUAUAUUGUCUGUGUUGGUGAUUAUGGUACAAAAAACUUGUACUUGAAACUGCAAGAGCAUUUUCUGUCAGUUUCUGUCCGACUUAAUUCUCUCUAAAUUAUUUCUUAUAAAAUGUAAUAUUUUAAAACUACACAAAUGUAAAAAAAAAUCUAAUAAAAAGUUUCAACAUUAAUAAUUGACCAAGUGGAGAUCAAUGCUGCAAUUUGUAAACAAUUAAUAACCGUAAAUAAACAAAAACAAAACAUGAAUUAUGAAAUAGGGAAACUGUUAAUUAAGCAACACACAACCAGUGUGUGUGUGUGUGUGUGUGUGUGUGUGUGUGCGUGUGUGUGUGCGUGUGUGUGUGUGUGUGUGUGUGUGUGUGUGUGUUUCUUUGCCAGAUUCAACUUGUUAGGCUCUUCCACAUACAGUAUCAAUGCCACCUUUCCAUAGAUGUUACAGGUCCAAAUAGAAUCUAAAAUAUGAGGACAGACAGAGGGUGGGAAAGUGCAAAGCAAAGAGCAGAUUUAUUUAAGUAACAGUUCACCCAAAACUUAGAAACUUAUUACAUUAUUAUGUCAUUUAUUAUGCUCUAAUGUUCUUCUACCCUCUCAGCUUAUUGUGAAACAAACGCAGAACUUUAUCAAACUUAUAUUAUUAUUGUACAUGACAUACCUUCAUUAUAAUCACCAUGAAUGACCAAGAAGGUGUGCUUGGUCAUUCCACCAACUCUGGAAAUACACCAUCUCAAUAUGUCUUUGUUCAGCCAUCGUCACUGUCAGGGUCUUGUAUUAUUGUAUAAAACAAAACAACACAUUAGUAUCUAACACAUAUGCAUAACCUUCUGAUUUAAAAAAUUUAAUAAUAAAGCAAAAUCUACCUUCAGCAAUGAACAUCAGAAAACAUGCCUCAUGUAUCUUUACAUAUCCUUUGGUUCAGGUAUUGAUUCUUGAUAAUAAUUCUACAAAUCAAACCUGUAAAUAAUACAAUAAACAAGAAUAUAAGCUUUAACUAAAUGACAAGCAAUUUGACAGUGUUUAGAUGCAUUCAUUAGGUAACUAUACAAAGGCAACAAAUGAGCCAUUAAAAUAUUAACUUAUAUAAAAUAGAUAAACAUUACAUGGUGACAUGUAUUCCAUAAAAUGCAAAAAAAAAAAUCCAUCUCCUGUCUUCUGUUUACCAAUCUUCCUCACUUGUGCUUCCUCUUCCACACUGCAACAUUGGCUUAUUUAUUGAAGAUCAAUAUUUAUAGCUCCUGUAAAACAUAUUUAUUGAAGACUACUAUUUAUAGCUAUACUACUGUAAACAUGUUUAUUGAAGACUAGUAGUUUAUACCUAUCGAUUUUUUAUUUUGGUUACAGCUGAUUGGUGUGUCUACAGUUUUGCAGCAGUGUGUGUGUGCAUGCCUGAUGGCUGUGUUUAACCUAUGGUUCAUGUGUGUGUUCAUUUGAAGGCCUUUGCUUUGAAAUUGCAAGGAAAUUUCAUGAUGAAAAAUUUCUGUGUCAAAAGCAUCCAAGUGUGUUUAGUGAUUUAUAUAUGACUGUGUGUAAUGUUUUGCAAAAAGUGUGAAGCUGACAAUGUGCUUACAGUUGUGCAGAUCUAGCCUUGUGUUUUGCUCCUUGAGUGUACGGUUUUGCUAAUUGUGGGAAAAGUUUAAUUUUAGUGUGUUAGCAAUCAUGAAAAACUGUAGGAUUGACUAAAUGUUCCUGCUGGAAGAGAACAUGUGUUAGUGUUUUGAAUAAAUAUUUGAUUUUGAAACAUGUUUGCCAUGUUUUGUUA